CACGGGAGGAAAGGGAAAAAAAAAAGCGCGUGCACGCCCCCUCCUCCCUUGUCGUGCGCGUUGUCCUCAUCUGCGCGCCCUGGUUCUCGCCUGGACUAACUGCGGCGGGGAUUUGGAUUUGGGCAGCUUCUGGGUUUUAUUUCUUUAUUUGUUGUACUGACUUGUUUGUCUGAGCAAUUCGGCAAUGGGGGCUUUGAGAGGUCUCCUUGUGCUGCUGUGCGUCCUCGUGGCCAGAGCGCAAACGCAGAUCCAAAGACCCAGGUCUGCGGAAUGUCCCGUUGACCUUUUCUUCGUAUUGGAUACAUCUGAGAGUGUGGCCCUGAGACAGAAACCUCCCAACUUUUACAUCGACCAGAUUAAAGAAUUCACCAAGCGCUUCAUUGAUGAACUCCAGGACAUGCGCCAUCAGUGUGACCGCUACCUGACGUGGAACUCGGGCGCGCUGCACUACAGCGAUGACGUCGUCCUGGUGCGCGAGCUGAGCGACAUGAGCACUGAUCGCCAGGCCCUGAAGAACGACAUCGACACCAUCAGAUACAUCGGCAAAGGAACCUACACUGACUGCGCCAUCAAGAGGGGUCUUGCUGAGCUGCUCAUAGCGGGUUCCCACUACCAUGAGAACAAGUACAUCGUGGUGGUGACUGAUGGCCAUCCCAUCACCGGCUACAAGGAGCCUUGCGGCGGUGUGCAGGAGGCUGCAAACGAGGCGAGGCUACACGGUGUCAAGGUGUUCGCCGUUGCCAUCUCACCUGAUCAGGAGGAUACCAGACUCUCCAUCAUCGCCACUGACCAGAACUACAGGCAGAACUUCACAGCUGCAGACGACUCUAGAUCCACCAAGAUGGGAACCAUUAGAAGCAUCAUUGAUAUGAUCACAAAUGAGACCAAGGAUGUGUGCUGUUCAUUUGACUGCAAUGCUCUAGGAGGCCCUAAAGGACCAGAUGGAGACACUGGCGGCAAGGGAGAAACCGGUAGACCGGGAAUGCCAGGAGAGAAAGGAGAUAUUGGUGCCAUGGGCAGCGUUGGAGAUCCUGGUCCUGUUGGAUACAGUGGAAUGAAGGGAGACCGAGGUGGUAGAGGCGAGAAGGGAGAAAGGGGACACAAAGGCUACAAGGGAGACAAAGGUCUAAGGGGAAACGAUGGGGUUGACGGACGCAAGGGUGAAGCUGGUUUCCCUGGUCUUCCUGGCUGUAAAGGAUCUCCUGGGUCAGAUGGUCUUCAGGGUGAGCCUGGGCCAAAGGGAGACUCUGGUCCUUAUGGUCCAAAAGGAGAUGCUGGAGAUAGUGGAAAAGAUGGAGAACCAGGAAGACCUGGAAACUAUGGACCUUUGGGACCUCAGGGUGAUCGUGGACCCCGUGGAGCUAACGGGGACAAAGGCGAGCGUGGUGAUGAUGGUGCACCAGGACCAGAUGGACUUCGUGGCGAGAUAGGAACAAUUGGAGAAAAGGGGGAGCAAGGUUCCCGUGGAAACAGAGGACCAAGAGGAGAGGCAGGGGAGCCAGGACCCCGUGGAGAGCAGGGACGCGAGGGCUCGGCUGGCCCCAACGGAGACCCUGGUGAGCCUGGAAGGGAUGGUUCCCCUGGAUACAGAGGAGAUGAAGGCCCUCCUGGACCAGAGGGACCCAAAGGACCACGAGGAAUCAAAGGGUCUGCUGGAGACAGAGGCCCGAUGGGAGGCAGGGGUGCAGACGGUGCACCGGGAAACGGUACUGCAGGUUGCCCUGGCUUCCAGGGUUAUCCUGGCCCUCGCGGAGAUGCUGGUGAACCUGGUGGCAAGGGAACCCCUGGACCCAAAGGAGAUGACGGAGAAGCCGGUGACCCAGGCCCCGAUAACAAUCAACCAGGGCCUGCAGGAUCAAAAGGGGCCAAAGGUCACAGAGGACCUGAGGGAAUUUCGGGACCUCCUGGGCCUCCUGGACCACCAGGAACUGAUGAAUGUGAAAUUCUGGAUAUCAUCAUGAAGCUCUGCUCUUGUUGCGAGUGUAAAUGUGCAGCUCUGGACUUGGCGUUCAUUGUGGACAGCUCAGAGAGUAUUGGUGCAACAAACUUUGCUCUCGCUAAGGACUUUAUCAUCACCGUUGUGGACAGACUGAUUAAAGACCAGCAGGUCAAGUUUGCAGGUAACGAGUCCAGGGUGAGUGUCGUGCAGUACAGUGGCGCGAAAGCCCAAGAAGUCGUCCAACUGGGCACCAACGUUGCUACCCUGACUGAGUUUAAGCAGGUUGUGAAAGACCUCGACUGGUUGGCUGAGGCCACGUACACGGGCGAGGCCCUGAAUUAUGCGCUAGAAAACACCAUCAAGCUAAUGAGGCAGGAGAACCGUGUGGUUCUCGUUCUCACCGACGGACGCUCCGACAUCCUGAGGGACCCGGUUCCUCUCAACAUCCUUUGUGGUAAAAACAUCAGGGUGGGAGGUUUAGGGGUCAAGGACUACUCAGGCCGUCAGCCCAACCAGGAGCAGCUUGGAGAUUUGGUGUGUAAGAGUGAUCCCAAACCAGGCUUUUCCUUCGUCCUGGACAACUUUGCCGAGCUUCUCGAUGACACGUUCCUGCAGAACCUCACAUCCAGAAUCUGUCAAGAUAAGAAGUGCCCAGACUACAAGUGCCCAAUCUCCUUCUCUCAAAGUCAUGACAUCCUGCUGAUGAUGGACAGCUCAGCUAGUGUGGGCCAGAAGAACUUUGACUCAAGCAAGACCUUCAUGCACCGGCUGGUCGAGCGCUUCCUGAAUGCUCAGAAGCAGAGGGGCGUGAACGUCCGAGUGGCUGUCGGCCAAUACAGCCGCAACGCCCGCAUGGAGCAAGGCCUGACGACCAACGAGACCCUGCUGUCUCAUCACAUCAAUGAGAUGGCCUUCCAAAACGACGGCACCAACGUGUUAGAGGCCAUGGACUUCGCCAUUAAGGCUCUCCCGAGCCGCGGCGACGCGUCCGGAAACAAGAAGAAGGUGGUGUUGUUCUCGGACGGCAGGUCUCAGGCCGUCACCGAGGCCGUCCUGGAAAAGCGCGUUCGCGAGCUGGCGGACGCCGGAUUGGAGCUCUUCGUCGUAGCGGUGGGCAGCCAGGUGAACGAGGUCAACCUGCGCACACUGGUGAGCAGGGGGCAGCGCGACGACAUCAAUUACGCUCAACGCCACCUCUUCCGCGUGGCAGACUACCCCUCCCUGCUUCGCGGCGUCUUCCACCAAACCGUGUCCCGAAGAGUUUCCAUGCCUUGAGGUCGGGGCCCAGAAUAACAAACAGGACCAACACUCUUCAAUUUUUAGUCCCAUUAUGAAUAGUCAGUCUCAUUUACCAUACACUGUUUUUUUUGUUUAGUUUUUUUGUUGUUUUUUUUUCUUCGAAAGAAUGUCACAAAGCAACUGAUGAUUGUCUUCAAGAGGAGCCUCAAAUGUAGACCACCAAGGGGGGCUGCAUUAGAUUGGAUCGUUAGACCACGACACGAAUGAUAACCUAAACCAUGUUUGGAUUUUAGACGUAAGGAAAUUGCUGCCUCCGAGGCCUUAAUCAGGUUCAAUGUUUGACCUUGGUGCAUGACAGGUCAUUUAAACGUGCGUCAAAACUUGCUUUCAAUGAUAUUUCAACCGCAUUACUGCAUCUGAAUCAUAGUCAAAAUCACAAGUUUUAGGCUGCACCUGCUUGUCUGUUCAGGACCACAGCUUUUGCCAUCCCAAAAGAAGGUUUUUGCUCUUUGUAAUACGUGUACCCCUCAAAAGUUGGGGCACACCUCCAUGCUUUGAAAUUGAGAUAAAUGAACGUGUCCCACCUUUUUGAUUGGUACGGCACGUGAACCAGCCACAGAUGUCCAUUGAAAACACGCACAUGACUUACCACAUUUAAAAUACGGCUCUGCGAUCCGACUCUUUCUUUUUUGUUAAUUGAAUACUGAGUCCAACUCGAAACGUAUUCCCGAGCUGAGUAGCGGCCAUGUCUUGAAAUCUGCGUUGGAUUAACUAAAGCGGAAAACAGGAUGUGACAUCGCGCGGCCGCUUUUGAACAAAACCUAUCGCCGCGUCACCUUGUGACUUAAUGAGAACAGCUGGGCGCCACAUGUGCCAUCAUGCCCAAUCGUGGAUACGUGCGCGUGCGCAUGCCUCUGUGUGUGUCUGGGUGUGCCCGUGGGUGAUUGUUCCGUAAACAAUUCUGCCCCGGCCCGCCGGUUCAAAUGACAGAAGGACACAAACCUGCUGUAUCAUUUCUCCGCGGCUUGAGAUGUCUCUGUCAAACACACACACACACAUAAACAUGCCUCCGUAUUUCAUUAGUGAGUUAGGAAAACAUCUGUCAUGGUUGAAGGCUGGAAAAGAACCUGAACCCCCUGACACAAAGCCACCCACUUAGUGGAACCCUUUCAGAAGUGUCGGUUGCUCACUUUCGUGUUCUUGCCAACAAGUGGCACACAGUCGCUGUACAGUUGUCAUUGAAUGUGGUGCUAUUAGUAUGUGGAGCAGCCAUGUAAAGAGGAGCAGCAUUCCCUGAGGAUACACGACCUUAGGAAUGUCCAAAGUGCUUCAAUAAAGGUUGUUACACACACAAAAAAAAAAAAAA